UUCAACCUCCAACAAUCACCCUGGAACCCAGUGAUAAAGGACCAAGCAGCAUUACCUGCUUUCUGAUGAAGACAAGAACAUAUCUGUUCAUCCCCAAUCUGCCUUUGGCCUUCCUCAAAGCCAGGCUUCUCAUCAAUGAUUAGGAAACCAUCUAACUUAAAGGAAUUGUAGAUCAAGAAGUCACACGUGCCGCACAGGAUGGAGAAGAGGCCGCGGAUACCCAGUGUGUAAUGCGGGAGCAGGUGUCCAGCCCGAUGGGAGUGAUUCCUGCCCAGAUCCUGACGGCCUCUGUUCUGGCCUGUUUCAUUCAGCUUCCUGGAGCGCGAUGUGAGGAGAGCUGUGUGAAUCCCGAACACUGCCUGACCACAGACUGGGUACAUCUGUGGUAUAUAUGGUUGCUGGUGGUAGUUGGUGCCCUGAUCCUGCUCUGUGGCCUAACUUCACUGUGCUUCCGCUGCUGUCUCAUUCGCCAGCAAAAUGGGGAAAACGAAGGCCAGCCACCCUAUGAAGUGACUGUCAUUGCUUUUGACCACGACACCCUCCAGAACACCAUUACUUCCCUGCAGUCAGUGUUUGGCUCUGCAGCUCGGAGAAUUCUGGCCAUGGCUCCCUCCCACAGCUCCCUGGGCCAGCAGCCCUCCUCGUUAGACACUCUUCCAGGCUACGAGGAAGCCCUUCACAUGAGUCGCUUCACAGUGGCGAGGUGUGGACAGAAAGCGCCUGAGUUACCCCCAGUGCCUGAAGAAAAGCAGCUGCCUCCAGGGGAGAAAGAAUCUAGAGCAGAGCACCCAUCGCCAUGAUGGGGACCUUGGCUUGCAUGUGGGGCCCGAGGUUUCCUGAGCAUCAGCAUGGAGUCUAUAGUCCAAGUCUUCAAUCCUGACCACUAAUCCUUUCUGAGAUGGAGUGCUCUCCUCAGGGACUCUUAACUCUUUAUCCCAUGGCCAAAAUUCACUAUGUUGAUUACCAACAAGCCGGGGAGCAUCGGGUGUCUUCAAUUCCUUCAAUCAUUCAGUGUAUAUAAAACUCCUUUCCCUUGUGAUACUGAUAGUUGGUUUGCUUUCUGUCAGCUAAUAAUACAUUGUGGCCAGCUUCAGGAAUAAGGAAUUGCAAGCGCGGCCACAGUUACUAGCACACGGAACCCAGGAAAUUUCCUUCUGAAAGAAUAACCAAUUGUACAAUGGACAAAAUGAUCAUCUUGAACAUCAUGCAAUACGCAGGUAGCAAAAUAGAACACAAGGGUGAGGUUGCUGGUGUAGGGUAAGAGAAUACAGUACAGUCUGUGUCAGAUAUCAAAUUCUUUCAUUACAGUUCAAACAUAUAAAAUACAGUAUGGAGUACAAUAAUACUACUACUACUUCUUUGGUUCUCCUCUAUAAAUACACUAGCACAUGCAUACAAGAAUAUACACAUCCUUUUAAACACUAAAACAACAUCACUUUGCUUUCCUCCUUCCUGUUUCUGCCACUUAAAGCCACAGCCAUGUCCAGAGCAACUCACAGCAGUGUGGCUGCCACCUUGUGGAGCCAAGGUAGAAGCGUGGCUCCUUGUGGAGCGGUCUCCCCUUUGGACCUAUCCGCACAUCUCUCCAGUUCUUGGGUGUUAAGUGGGCAACCAAGCCAGGCUAAGAUCCUACCCCUGGCACCAUUCUGCUGAGCAGAACUGAGCUGGCCUCGUGACACAGUACCCCCUAAGGUACAGUUACUGGAAAAUUGAGGCGAGGAAAAACCACAGGUCCUAGCCACGUUACUGACAUCUUUAGAGCAUAGUUUUCUCAACCGUAAAAUAAGAACUAAAGAUGCCUCCAGGAUUUGUUGCGAGGAGCAUUAACUUGUAAAUCAUUAUGCACAUGUACUGGCUAUUAUUCUUACUGUUGUCAUGUAACAGUCACCUACCUGCUAUAAUUUCAUUGAGAAUUAUGUAGUGGCUUGUGCUUUCUUCAGUCUGCUGUUACUGUAAAGUCGUACCUGACACAGCUUUAUUUUAUUAAUAAACACUUGUUGAUUGAGGUAAAGAACUUAAAGA